AUGACUGCGAAUAUCCCUUCUCUGACCUUAAAUAACGGUACUCGGAUGCCCUCUGUGGGACUAGGGUGUUGGAUGGGAAUCCCUGGAGAAGAUGAACGAGUGUAUUAUAUGUGCUUGAAUGCUAUCAAGACGGGCUAUCGACAUUUCGACACGGCUGCAGGAUAUGGUAACGAAAAGCAAGUCGGAAAAGCCAUCCGGGACUCGGGAAUUCCUAGAACUGAGAUAUUUCUCACUACAAAACUGCCGAAUUCUGCCCAUGGAAAGGUUCGCGAGGCGUUUGAAGAAAGUCUGAAUAAUUUGGAUUGCGGAUAUAUUGACCUUUAUCUUAUGCACUGGCCUCAAGCUGACUCCGGGGAAAUUUGGGGCAAUAACACAUACCGUCCUAAUGAGAGUCCCACCUUUGUUGAAACGUGGAAGGACAUGGAAAAACUCCUGGAGGGUGGCAAAGUAAAAAGUAUUGGGGUUUCGAACUUCUCGAUCAAAACCCUCGAUGUUCUCCUCCCACAAUGCACGGUUGUUCCCGUCACGAACCAAGUCGAGAUGCAUCCCUGCUUACCCCAGCAUGACCUUAAGCAGUAUUGCGAGUCAAAGGGAAUCAUUUUAACUGCUUAUUCGCCGCUAGGUCUGCAAUACACUGGAUCUCGAAUUCUAUUCAAUAUCGACACGAUUAAAUCUAUUGCUAAUAAGCUCAAUGUUGACUCAGCACAAGUUCUCCUUAGUUGGGGUGUUCAAAGGAAGACCGCUGUCAUACCCAAGACAGAAAACAAGGCGCGCAUGGAAAGCAACAUGACUCUUCUUCGACUGUCUGAUGAGGACAUGAAAAACAUAGAUGAAUUACACCUACAACCCAACAUGCACCGAACUCUCACCUUCAUUGGCUUCGGUGAACGCAUCUUAGGUGAAGGGAACAUAUUCGGUUGGACUUAUGAGGAGUUAGGAUGGAAUAUGAUCGAUGGUUUCGUUGUCUCGAAGUAA